UGUGGUUGCGUUUGGUGGAGUAUUGCAUAGAAGAGUUUAUGGAUAGAUAGAAGAAGCGUUACCGAAUGCAAUUCCCAAAAAGUGAAUAAAAAACACACACACACACACACACACAGUAGUUGUUUGUUUGUUAUUUGGGUUGGUUGGGAUAUUGUAUGGUCCGAAACCAAUGGCUACAACUGCUCAGAUUGCUAAUGGCGUCGGAAUCGGAAUCGGAAACAAUGCCCUUACUCGCCGACCUACAUCUGCUACUCCCUCCAGUCCUUCUCCAACUCCGAACAACAUCUUACUUGGAUUGACUCGUCCACGCGCCACCACUCUUCGUUUCGAUUCUGUCGUUAAUAUCGGUGGUCGAUUCUGCAGUUACCGUCGUUCCCCGCCGCCGUGUUCUGUUCGGGUUUCAGCUAUCUCUGCUGACCAACCUACCUCUUCAGGUCAAGGUGUUGAAAAUUUGGUAAUCAUAGGCUCAGGCCCAGCUGGGUAUACUGCGGCAAUUUAUGCAGCCCGUGCCAAUUUGAAGCCUGUAGUGUUUGAGGGAUAUCAAAUUGGCGGUGUUCCUGGGGGACAAUUGAUGACAACUACUGAAGUGGAGAACUUUCCAGGUUUUCCAGAGGGAAUUACUGGUCCAGACUUAAUGGAUCGGAUGCGGCGUCAAGCUGAGCGUUGGGGAGCAGAACUUUUUCAAGAAGAUGUAGAAUUUAUUGAUGUGAAUAACAGUCCUUUUACUGUACAAAGUACCGACCGUAAGGUGAAAUGCCAUAGUAUUAUAGUAGCUACAGGAGCCACUGCCAAAAGACUCAAUUUACCUCGUGAAGAGGAGUUCUGGAGUAGAGGAAUUAGUGCAUGUGCAAUUUGUGAUGGAGCUUCACCACUUUUCAAGGGUCAAAUUCUUGCCGUUGUUGGAGGAGGUGAUACGGCUACUGAGGAAGCAAUUUACUUGACUAAAUAUGCUCGACAUGUGCAUUUACUCGUACGCAGGGACCAAAUGAGGGCAUCAAAAGCUAUGCAGGAUAGAGUUCUCGACAAUCCGAAUAUCACAGUGCACUACAACACAGAGACAAUGGAUGUUGUUAGCAACACAAAAGGACAGAUGUCUGGCAUUUUAAUCAAGAAACAUGAUACGGGAGAAGAAUCAGUACUGGAGGCUAAAGGAUUAUUUUAUGGUAUCGGUCAUACCCCAAACAGCCAGUUGUUGGAAGGCCAAGUUGAUCUAGAUAACUCGGGAUAUAUUUUGGUCAAGGAUGGAACUGCAAAUACUUCUAUCGAAGGGGUGUUUGCUGCUGGAGAUGUUCAGGACCAUGAAUGGAGACAAGCGAUAACUGCAGCUGGAUCAGGAUGCAUUGCUGCUUUGUCAGUGGAGAGAUAUCUUGUCAGCAAUAAUCUCCUUAUUGAAUUUCACCAGCCCCAUACUGAAGAAGUUAAGAAGGAGCUCACUCAAAGAGAUGUGCAGGAAGGAUUUGACAUUACACUUACUAAGCAUAAGGGCCAGUAUGCAUUGCGUAAAUUGUACCACGAAAGUCCUAGGCUCAUUUGUGUACUAUAUACAUCACCAACUUGUGGACCAUGUAGGACUUUGAAGCCAAUUCUCGGCAAGGUGAUAGACGAGUUUGAUCAGAAUGUCCAUUUUGUUGAGAUUGAUAUCGAAGAAGAUCCUGAGGUUGCUGAGGCAGCAAAUAUCAUGGGUACACCAUGUGUCCAAUUCUUUAAGAACAAAGAAAUGAUCAGGAGCGUAUCAGGGGUGAAAAUGAAGAAAGAGUACAGAGAAUUUAUCGCAGCAAAUAAGUGAGUUUUUUUACCCUUUUACAAGUGCUCCACUAGCUCUCAUGUUGUAUUCCAUGAUUCAAUUUUGAUACUCCAAAUUGGCUAGUUUAAUGUUGCCUUGUAAUUUCAACUAUGCAUACUCAUCAACUACAUCCAAAUAUAGAUGCCCACCUCUUAAUGCAGUAUCAGAAU